UUUGAGCUGUAGCUUGGAAGCCUUUGCUGGAAGAAAGGAAGAGCCUUGCUGAUCCAUGCUGGGACUUGUUGGUGUUGUCGGGUUGUGUUAGUGGUUGGGGUGCUCUGCAUUUUCCCAACUGCCUGACAGACCUCCAAGGAGACAUCCCGUGAGCCUACCCGGGUGACAGUGGGUGGACGGCAGAGCAGUUGUUUGGAGGUUUUGCAUGGCGUAGCAUCAGAAUCGAUGUCACUAGAGCUGGACUGCGUGGCAGAGGAGGUCACUGGACCUGAUGAAGAGUUUGAAGAGUGUUUACUAAGAGAUUACGAGGCUUUACUUCUACAUUUUCCAAGGGCUUCAUUUUCUUCAGACAGAUUAUUAUUACAUCUAUCUAACUACUGAGUAUCUACUAUCCAGGUAACACCAUUUCCAUUGCAUGAUGGCUUGGGCCUAUACUGCAAGCCCCACUCUUUUGAUAUCCAAUCUGUAUACGUGGGAACUUCAUCCAUCACUCUAAUUAUUCUACCUAAUAUGCUCUCUGUUUCAUUGUUGGGAUAGUACUUUGCAAUCGGCAAUACUGCAUGACUCAAUACCACAUAGGCAUAAUCAAAGGCCUGUUUCACCUGCAUGGCCCCACAGGAACUCCUUCCAACAUCAUUACCUGGUUGUAAAGGAUCUUCAAUAUAAAGCAUUGAUGGCCGGUAGCCAUCAAGUAUAUUUUUCUUGUAAUUCAUCUUUGGCCACAUAGGAACCACCAUCUUUUAUCUGGAUGCCAGUCUUUAAGUAAUUGAAGUGCCGUCCAUAUAAUUCAACACCAUAGUUUGUAUUGGGGAUGCAAGCAUCUUCCCUGGGAUGUAACUGAAGGAAACUGACUGCCAUUAAAAAGAGACUAUAAGAACCAAUUCCACCUGUAAACACUUCAUUAAGGUCCCUCUGCAGUAAGAACUGCUUCAAUACUAAAACCAAGUAUGGCAAUACAGGAUAUUUCUUAGUAAAAUCUUUAAUGAGGUCUGCUGCUCUCAUGACAUUCUGGACAUUAAAGCUGAUACCAACUUUCACUUCAGUAAAAGAAUCUGUUAAUUUAAUAAUAGGAACCGUUGGUUUGUCUAGAACUUUCAGGGAAUCCUCGUCAGCGACUUUGUGUUUCCGAAGAGCUUCUUCCAGGGUCCAGAGUGGCAGCUUCUACCAGUUCCCAAACACCACGAGAUCGAUGUCACUGCAGAACAACACCUCAGUCUGCUCUGAAACCAACACCAUGGCAUUAAUGCUAGUGCUGUUGUUCCUGGCUGCUGUAUUGCACCCAUCCCUUCUUCAAGAUGACUAUGAGAGUAUAAGUCUUGAGGAUCUGUCAACCACUAAAACAUCAGUCCAAGAAGAGAUUGUAAACAAGCACAAUGAAUUGAGACGAAUGGUUUCUCCAUCUGGUAGUGACUUACUACAAAUGGAAUGGAAUCAUGAUGCUCAAGUGAAUGCUCAGGAUUGGGCAGACAAGUGCACAUACAGUCACAGUCCUAUAGAAUUCAGGACAACCAAUUUAAGAUGUGGUGAGAAUUUGUUCAUGUCAAAUUACCUUGCAUCAUGGUCUUCUGUAAUCCAAGACUGGUAUAAUGAAAUAAAUGAUUUUGCCUUUGGUUUUGGCCCAAAAGAACCUGAUAGUAAAGUUGGACAUUAUACUCAGGUUGUUUGGAAUUCAACUUUCCAAGUUGCAUGUGGAGUUACUGAAUGUCCUGAAAAUCCACUGAGAUUCUAUUAUGUUUGUCAUUAUUGUCCUGGUGGCAAUUAUGUAAGAAGACUAUACACACCUUACACAGAAGGAGAGCCUUGUGCAAGCUGUCCUGAUCACUGUGAAGAUGGGCUGUGCACCAAUAGUUGUGGAUAUGAAGAUGAUUAUUCUAACUGUGAAGAGCUGAAGAAGAUGGUAACCUGUAAAGAUCGAGUUGUUAAAAAAGGUUGCAAAGCUACAUGCUACUGUGAAGGCAAAAUUCAUUAAAUUUCCAAUA